UAAAACCUUAAUAAAUACGUCCAUUUUGCCGCAUUGAGCGUCAAACGGUUCUUGUCCGUUGAACGUGUCAUUUUGCUGUUUGUCUCUGUAGACGUCUCGUCGUCAAAGUAUUUUCAACAUGUCUGAUGAAGGAAAGCUUUUCGUCGGUGGUCUUAGUUUCGAAACCAACGAACGGUCCCUUGAGGAUGUUUUCUCUAAAUACGGGCAUGUUUCUGAAGUGGUGGUAAUAAAGGACCGGGAAACCCACAAGUCCAGAGGCUUUGGCUUUGUAACGUUUGAAAACCCAGAGGACGCUAAAGAUGCUAUGAUCGCAAUGAAUGGAAAGUCUGUUGAUGGAAGACAAAUCCGCGUGGACCAAGCUGGCAAAUCAUCCGGAAACCGAUCUGGUGGUGGAUACAGGGGACGGCCAUCUGGUCGUGGAGCAUUCUUCAGAGGAAGCAGGGGUGGCAGAGGAGGUGGAGACCGUUAUGGUGGUGGCCGCUUCGAUAACAGAAACAGUGGUGGAUAUCCUUCAGACAGGAGUUACUACAACAGAGAUGGCAGGGGGCAGGGAGGCUAUGGUGAUCGCCCUGGAGGCUCCUACAGAGACAGCUAUGACAGCUAUGCUACACAUGAAUAAAAAAUCCUUCCUGAUUCAAGAUCAUCCUUCAGUGGCUGUAUUUAUAAAGAUAUUCUCUUCGAAGAAUCUGUUUCUUUUUGUUUCCGUGUGUUGUGAUACUGCUUUAUUUUUUUUUUUUUUUUUGGAGAAAUGUUGAAGCUUCUGGUUUUGACCUUUUUUUGUUGAACACAACCUGACAGCUUCUAAUGGAGAAUAUUUGUAUUUAGUCAUGUGUUCGUGUUUUCUUUUGGCAAUUUCUAGUUAAAGCAUUUCCCUCAUUACAUGAGGGUUUUAUUAAUUUUUUUUUUAUUUCUGUAAAAUGAACAACUUUUACUCGAAGCGUGACAAGCUGUGAAUUAUUUUAAGGCUUUGUGCGCCUUCAGUUUCUGAUGCAUUCCUUUAGUUUUAGCAAGGUAGGAGUGCAGCCUGGGUUUCUCCCAUUUCCAGCAACCACCUUGGUAUAGCUAAAGAUUUGUGUAGAAGAGUAAAUUACUCUAGACUGCUUAAGAGUUAAGAUUGGCCAUUUACUGUUCAGGAUGUUCAAAGAUCCUUAAACAUAUAAAGCAAAACUCUUGGAGUUUUAUAGGUAUUUUACUCUUUGCCACCUGUACUAUUUGGAUGCAGACUUCUGUAAUGGACUUGAUUCCUCAAACUAAAAACCUGCACAUUCAGAUACUGUCUAUUUUUCACUGGAAAAUUGUGCUUUACGUUCUGUAUCAAAUAUUGGAAGAAACUUUUGUAAAGUUUGGCUUCAUGAAGCCCAUUAAACGAAUGGUUAAAAUUG